GCCAAUAGAUAACUCGUGAAAUGACAAAUGCCAACUUUCUUUCUAACAUAAACACAUAUAAAUAUAAAAAUGUAUUCAAUGCGGUUUUAUUAAUCUAAUUUUAGAUGAAUGCAAAAUAGCUUUAUCAAAACCAAUGGACGAAGUGUUGCAAGAUGGUCAUUGAACAUUUUUAUUGAACGGAAAAGUAGUAAGAUGCCCCCCAAGAAAAAAAGGGUAACAUUAAAUUCUGUUGUAGUAGGUACUGUAUCUACUAGAUCAACCAGGCGACAAAGUGUUGUAAAUAUUCAAAUUCCAAAAUCGACUAGGUCGAACAAGUUUAAAACAGCUAUUGAAGCUGAAGAACUUUCAUCUAGAAUAAAAAAAUCUUACAAAUCGUUUAUGGAUGCAAACGAUGGAAGUUUUGCAACCGCUAAAACUAAUAAUGAUACUGCUGAUAGGGAUAACAAAGCAUUAUUACAGAUAUUACAGGAUUGGGAUGACAUAGAAGAUGAAGAUCAGGUCUCCCAAAGUGUUUCUCAUCAUCAAUAUUCUAACAAAAAUAUAAAUGAAGACGAUAUUAAAUGUGAUGUAAAUGAAAGUGUUAGUGAAUUUUCUGAUUUGAAACAAAUAGAAUUAACAUUAUCACAAGGUUUAGAAACUGAGGAUGAAAAUAAUUCUAAUCCUAUUGAAAUUUCAGAAGGUGAACUAAAUACCAACCAAGUCACAGACGAAGAUUCUAGUGAAAAAGAAAAUAAAGUAAAAGAAGACGAAACAAAGGCAGAUGAUACAGAAGACUCUAACCUUGAGAUUGUUAAAAGUGAUAACUCAUUAUCUUUACAAGGAAGUAUAGUUACAGAAACUGAAGAAUUAAUAAUUGAAGAACAAGCUUCAAUACCUUAUGCAGACGAUAUGAUAGUAGAUAAUAAUGUUUCUAGUACAUCUUUGAUCGAUAAAGAAGUACCUGAUUGUAGUGAGCCUCUAAUUUCCGAAGAAAAUUCUACAGCUUUCGAAAGCAAUUCUCAAUUUGUCGAGCAGAUAGAAAGUAGCUCAUCAGAAACUAGUCAACCUAAUAGAGAAUUGGAAAAAAUAAUUAACAAAAACGAAGAAAGCAAUUUUUCUUGCCAGAGUGUUGAUAUGGAAUAUAUACCUGUGAGUAAUGAAGAAAACAAACAAAAUAUAAUUAGGAAGUAUUCACAAGAAGAAACUAGUAAUUCGGAUGUAAUAGUAGAAUUUGAUAAUUCAGACAACGCAAAAAUGGAAGAAAGUAACACAGUUGGAAGCGAGAUAUUUGAUGAAAACAGUAUGGACCAUAGUGGUAUUAAUGAUAAAGCAACGAAUAAUAAAGAAGAUAAAUCUAAUGAUAGCAUAGAAGACAGAGUAGCUGAAAUGCAUUUAACUGGAGAUAAGAAAGAAAAUAGUCCACCAAAAGAAUUGGUAACUGAUGAUGAUAAAGUAAAUAAACAAUCAGAUGAUAAUGAACAUGUUAAAACUACUACAGAUAAAAAACCAGCAGGUCAAACUUUAUUUUUAGAAGAUGUUGCAAAUAACCCUCCAAUUAUAAAACUCAAAUCCAAAAAACCCAAACCCAAACAAGAUAAGAAUAUCUUACCGAAACAAGAUGAAAAAAUAAAAAUGGUGAAACCAAGACCCGUCAAAUCACCUCCUCUUAAACCAACAAAAGAUACUACAAAAAAUAAUAAAAAACCUAUCAAAAAGGAAUCUGAGAAAAAAGAUAAAAAAUCAGGGAAAUCCGAAGAAACGAUCAAGAAUAAAAUGGAAAUUGAAGAUGAAGAAAAAGUGAGAAGAUCAUCAAGAAUCAAAUCAAUUAGUGUCCUUAAUAAAAAAACCACCGGCUGGGGUUUAGUCAAAUCGAAAUCGGAAUCAUCUCUAAAUGAAAGUGACAUUUCAGAUAGUAGUUCGUUACAAGCCGAAUCAGAAAAGAGCACUCCGACCGCUUCACCCAAAAUAAAUUCCAGAGACAAAAAGUGGAAAUCUAACGAAUUACUAGCAUUAUCAAACAAUUCCCAUAACGUGUUACCUUUCAAAACUGAAGAAUUGAAUAAACGACCGCGAAAAGAUCCCGUAGUGGAAGCUAGAUUGAAACAGUUUGUUCAUCUCAAGGAAAAUCAGUACAGAACAGACAGAAUGAUGUGUAAGGAGGCUAAAAAGAUGGUGUGUGAUUGUUUUUUAACAUCCGAGGAGCUAGAGGCCAACGAAUACGGUUGUGGAGAAGAUUGUCUUAAUAGAUUACUACUGAUAGAAUGUGGAAAUUUAUGUACGGUCGGAGAUAGAUGUACAAAUAAAAGAUUUCAAAGAAGUGCUUUUGCUCCAGUAGAAGUUUUUAAUACGGAAAAGAAAGGACUGGGACUUCGAGCAGCAGCAAAUAUAGCGUUCGGAGAAUUCAUCUUGGAAUAUGUGGGGGAAGUAUUAGAUGCAGAUGAAUUUGAUAAAAGAGCCGAAGUUUAUUCUCAAGAUAAAAACAUCCAUUAUUACUUCAUGGCGUUAAGAGCUGAUGCUAUAAUAGAUGCUACAAUGAAAGGAAAUAUAUCAAGAUUCAUAAACCAUUCUUGCGACCCUAACGCAGAAACCCAAAAAUGGACAGUCAACGGCGAACUCAGAAUCGGUUUCUUUAGUACAAGAACCAUUUUGGCUGGUGAAGAAAUCACCUUCGAUUACAGAUUCCAGAGAUAUGGCAAAGAAGCUCAAAAAUGUUAUUGUGGCGCCUCGAUAUGUCGCGGUUGGCUCGGCGAACAACCAGAUUCCGACGAAGAAGAAGAUGAAGAGGAGGAAGAUGAAAUCGAAGAAACUAAACCUGCUACACUCGAAUCGACAAUUAAAAAUGAAAUUACAACUUCCCUUUCAACAGAAAUUAAAGACGAAAUUAAAUCAGAAUAUAUUAAAUCCGAUAAAGAAGCAAUAGGAAAAGAUUCUUCACAAACAGCAGUAUCCUCAGUUAAACCGGUUAUAAAAAAGAAAGUACAAAAGAAAAAACCGAGAAUCGAAAUGUUCGAAGAAGUAGAUCAAUUGAACGAAGAGAUUGAAAUGCUAGUAACAACAGGACUCAAGAAUCAGGCUCACACAUUAAAAGUCAGCAGGUUGAUGGUAAGGGCCAAAGAACCCCAACAGAGAGCUAAACUUUUAAGAAUCCUCAGACGAGGAGAGUUACCCUGUAGGAGAUUAUUUUUGGAUUAUCAUGGUCUUCGUUUGAUGCACGGUUACAUGAUAGAUGCGCAACAAUUGGCUGUGGCCAAUAAACAAUUCGAAUCUCUCAGAUUGGAAGUUCUUCAAACGUUAGCAGUAUUGCCAAUUCCUAACAAAACAAUGCUACAAGACAGUAAAGUACUGUCGACUGUAGAACUAUGGGCUUCCCAUAAAGACUUAUCAUCUCCUCCGGAUUCCGAUAGUAAUUCUCCUAAAACAGAAUCAGAUCUAGCAAGAAAACCUAAACCAGAACUAAAAGGGACAAUAAAGGAUGAAUCGGUAUCGGAAAAAAGGAUCGAAGAUCAGGAGGAGGAAAUACGAUUUUUGGCUUCUAAGCUAUUAGAAGAAUGGAAGAAUUUGAAAGAAGUAUUCAGAAUACCAAAGAAAGAACGUAUUGAACAGAUGAAGGAACACGAAAGAGAAGCCAACAAAAAAUUCAUGCAGAACACUAACAAUCAAAAUGCUUACGCCCUCGAAGACGACAGAGAUAAAGAUAGAAAAUCUGAUAGAUACAGAGGUAUGUCGAGAUUUAAAUCUGAUAGAGAUUCGCACAAUAGAAAACCGACAAAAUCCGGAGAAAAAUUCAGCGCCGAAUAUUUAAGACUGAGUAGAGUCGAAAGGAGAAAAUUAUUCGCUUUACAACACGAACUCAAAGAAGAAGAAAGAAAAUUGAAACAGAGAGAAAUGUGGAGGCAGCACGAGGCUAAUUGCAUGAUGAUCGGUGCUGACCCCAGGUUUACCGCUCCCUUCGACCCAAACAGGGGCUACCAAUUAAUUUGGAAUCCACAAAUCGGUCAAUGGCAGAAUUGUCCGCUACCGUCACCCAGCCGUAUGUACCCAACGCAGCAUCCUCUACCUCAUAUGUCCAACAUUAAUUUACCGCAUCAUUCGAAGUCUUUACCGCCCUACCCGUCAUUAAACUUACAAAACAAUAUGAACUUGACUCAACCACCUUUACCGCCAUUACCGUCGAAUAGUUUGCCUGGUCAUUUACCGCCCGCACAUUUAUCGCAUCCUAAUAUACAAGGACAUUUACCGCCGCAGGGACAUUUACCGAGUCAAUUACCGCAAAUGCAUCACGCGCAAGGUCAUUUACCGCAAAAUAAUCCUUAUGGUCACAUACCAUUGCCUCAGACUAAUAUUCCAAUAUCAAUACCGCCUCUACCUGCUGGGAUACCGCCAUUACAGAACGCACAAACACAGAUCCAACAAAGUAUGGAAGAAGACCCUUCACAAGUGAAAUUUUUGGGUCCGAUUCCUCCACCGGUAAAAUUACCGCCCAAAUGGAAAUGUGCCAAAGAUAAAUACGGACGACCCUAUUAUUACCACAUAAAAAUCAGGAAGAGCCAAUGGGAACCACCACCCAUAGAAGAACAACCAGAAAAUGUUUCAGGUGCAAAUUCAGCAGUUCUCCCUUUUCCAGUUUCGGAUUCAGAAUCCAGUUCGGAAACAAGUUCAGUCAGUUCUGAUUCGAGCUCGGAGAAUUCAGAUAGCGAUGAAGACGUUGACGAUACAAGACUUCUACUGGAAGUACGAAAGCAAAUGGAAACACUACCCAAAUUAGCUCCGGAUAAUGUUCUUUAUGACACACCAAUCACUACACCUAGUCCUGAUGAUGAAAAACAUUUAGAAAACGAAAUGGACGUCGACGAAAUUAUCCGAAGGAACGUACAGCAAGACGACGAAACUAGAAGGCCAUCGAUCGAUAUGAGAUUAAAAGAACUGGAUUUGUUUGUGGACGACAAACCGGUGAAAAAGAAACGAAGAGUCGGAUUGUGUGAAGAAAUUAUUAUUAGCCCUAGAACGGAAGAAGAUAAAAGGCAAUUCAAAGAGGACGUCAAGAGGUAUAAAGCAAAUAAAGAAAAAUUGAAACGUCAAAAAGAAAAAAUCCUUCAACAAACCAAAAAACAACUGAAGGAAAUAGAAUUGAAGAAAUCACGAGACAGACACUCAAAGAUGAUGGUUAAAGUCAAAUUGAGAGAUAAACCGGAAUUUAACAGCGAAACUGCUAAAAAAAUUAAAGAAACAUUUAGAACCAAUAUGGCAUCGACUGUUGUAAAUUCAUUGAACGCUUACAGGAAGCCAGAUUGUACAGAAGGGAGAAUAACUAAUACCCAGGACUUUAAACAUUUAGCUAGAAAAUUAACCCAUUUUGUAAUGCUGAAGGAGAUAAAACAUAUAUCGAAAAUUGAAGAGCUGACUUGUACUGACAAUGUCAAAAUGAAAGCCAGAGAAUUUAUUCGGAAAUACAUGAGUAAAUUUGGUGAAGUUUAUGUGAAACGUAGUGACUCGCCUGAUUUCAAAGACUAAUUAUUGUUAUCUGUGAUAAAAAUGACAAUUUUAUAUUACCGACAACUCUUUUCAUUAGUUAUCCUGUAAUGUCUCAAAAAAUGGAUAGAUUAUCAUUUUUCUAUUUAGUACUUUAUAUUGGAUUUAAUGUGUCGAUUAUUAAUUUCCAAUAAGUCAUUGGAAUAAUUAUUUGAACUCUCUUGUAUGAAAAAAAUUGUGAAUAUGAGUUAAAUAUUUUAUUGUGUAUUCCAGUUCCGGAGUGCAACAAUACUGUUAUCAGGUUAUUUUUUAAUAUUGAAAUAAUUGUGGGUAUAUUGAUUCUAAUGUAGAUUCUUGUUAGUAAACUGUUUUUUUAUAAUUUGAAAAUAAAAAAUAUGAUUCAU